AUGGACUUUGUCCGCUGUUGUUUUGUAUUGUUAUUGUUGUUUUUUGUUUGCGUAAACGCUGUUUCGCCGCCCAAUUUCGUGCUCAUUUUCGCUGAUGAUUUGGGUUUUGGAGACUUGGGGUGUUACGGGCACCCCAGCUCGCUUACGCCGAAUUUGGACCGACUUGCAGCGGGGGGACUUCGCUUUACGGACUUCUACAGCACUAGCCCCGUCUGCAGCCCGUCCAGGGCUUCGUUGCUGACGGGGCGCUACCAGACCCGUUCGGGCAUCUUCCCCGGAGUUCUGUACCCCGGUUCCGUGGGCGGCCUCCCGCUGAACGAGACCACCAUCGCCGAGGUGCUGAAGCCGCUAGGCUACGCCACGGCCGCCGUGGGCAAGUGGCACCUGGGUCUCGGGCCCAAUGGAACGUUCCUUCCCACCAAGCAGGGCUUCGACGAGUUUCUGGGCAUACCGUACUCGCAUGACAUGGGUCCUUGUCACAACCUGACGUGCUUCCCCCCGGACGUCAAGUGCUUCGGUUCUUGCGACUUGGGUACCGUGCUGGUCCCGCUUUUGCACAACCAUGUCAUCAAAGAACAACCCGUCAACUUCCUGGAAUUGGAGCAAACAUAUAGCGACUUUUCCACUAGCUUUAUUGCCGCCUCGGCUAAAAAGAAGCAACCUUUCUUCCUCUACUAUCCUUCCCACCACACCCAUUACCCCCAAUACGCUGGUCCGGGAACAGCGGGAAAGACGUCGAGAGGCCCAUUCGGAGACUCUCUGCUAGAGUUUGACCACACUGUCGGGAAGCUGCUCGCUAGCUUGGAAGCUAGCGGCGUCAUCAACAACACGCUAGUUUUUUUCACGUCGGAUAACGGGCCUUCACUUAUACGCAUGUCCCGUGGCGGCAACGCGGGUGCCUUGAGAUGCGGGAAAGGUACAACGUACGAAGGCGGGAUGAGGGAACCUGCCAUCGCUUUCUGGCCGGGCACCAUCAAACCAGGUGUGACUCGUGAGCUCGCUAGCACUUUGGAUAUCCUGCCCACCAUCGCUCGGCUCGCGGGCGCCAGAGUGCCCCCAGUGGCGAUUGACGGUGUUGACAUGAUUGAAAUUCUUCAGAACCACGGAAAGAGUAAAAGGGAAGCCAUGAUGUUCUAUCCUUACGAUCCCAGUGAAAAAUUGGGCCUAUUUGCUCUCCGACUUGGCAAGUACAAGGCUCACUUUUACACGCGAGGUUCAACCCUCAGCAGCAGCACCCCCGACUUUGAGUGUUCCGCCUUGUCCGUCCUGAAAGUUCACGACCCGCCGCUUCUCUACGACUUGGAGGCCGACCCGUCGGAGCACUACCCUCUGGCGACGGGCGGCGAGACAGACAUCCCGGCGCUGCUGGAGAGGAUCAAAAAAGUCAAGGAACAAUUCGAGGCAUCCAUGGUGUUCGGGGAGAGUCAGAUCGGGAAAGGGAGCGACCCGCGGCUGGAGCCUUGCUGCAGUCCGCAAUGCACGCCCAAACCUAGCUGCUGUCGCUGUUGA